CGAGGGUCCGGGUCCCCCUGAGCCGCACGAGGAGCCAGCAUGGAGGAGCCGCAGCGAGGACCGAGAAGCCACCGCCGCUCGCUCAGGCUUUAACUCGAGGUCCCUGGAGGUGCUAGGCAGACGGGGGAGGCGACCAGAUCGAUCAGUGACGACGGCGAACAGAGAGCUCUUCCUCUGAGAUGUCCUGGGCACUUGUCAACAGGGGCUUGGAGCUGUUUGACUGUGAUUUGCCAGAAAGUAGCAGUCAGCACAAAGAAUCUGGUAGUAAUACCAAGGCUUCCAGUAUCCACACUCAACGUCACGGGUAUAAAAGGGCAGCAAAGCAGAAAAAACGAGCCCAGCAGAAACAGAAGGAGGCCAGUAAGGAGCUGAUUCAGAAGAAGGUUGCAUGUGUACUUGAGGAAUACAAGAAAAAUGUUCAAACUGAUCAGACGGCUGACAAUCUCAAGUUGCUGAAGAAAAUAGAUAAACGUAGAGCACCAGAGAAGUAUACGAACCAGGUCAAGCAACAGCAUAGUAAAGAGCUCGACAGGAAAACUGUAAAUCGAGACUCUCUGCCAGGAAAGAAAACUACAGAAGAGAAAUCUGUAUUUACUGAGGAAGAUUUUGAAAAAUUGAAUGAAGAGUGGCUGCGUCUCUACUAACAAACGGUACUACAAGUUUCAUCCGGUUCUCUGCCAGCAAUGAAUGGGAUGUCCAGUUCAGUGUUGCAUGCACCCUCAAAGCUGUACUUUUUUAGGAUAUUGAAUAGUAAGUAAUGGUAAAUUUACUUGUUGUUUUACCCCGACUCCCAGGUUUGUCUUGGAAUCCAUUGGAGAUUCUUAAAGCUUAGCAGUCUGUAAGUAGUUUGACCUAGGAAUUUUCAGGAGUAGUGCACAAAGAAUUACUAGUCUGUGUUCUCUUUUCUUUUCUUUUCUUUGAGUAUGUAUACUUGAAUUAUUAUUAUUUCCUGAUAGUAUGAACCUUUUCAUUUAUUAAGGAAUAUGAAAUUUGACUUAGAUUUUUAAAAGUUUUGUGCCUAACUUGUAAAACAAUUUCUUGGCUUUCACAUCUGUAAAAGAUACAAUAUGGCUCUGAAUGAAAAACUAACUGGCAAAAUAGUUUUGCGUGUGUUUGUCAGUUCACUUGUAGUGGUGACAGUUUGGCACUUACUCUACGGAUCAGAGUAUGAUUUUUUCCAUUUAGUUCCAUCCCCCAUGUAUGGGUUUGUCAUCAUCAGGUACCUAUUCCUCUUUCUUUCUCUUGUGAUCCUUUGCUUCAUGAUUUAUGCUUGUGUUAAUUCCAAUUCCAAUUCCAAUUUUCAGGAUCGGAACCAUUGACGGGAUAGUGAGACAAAUGUUGAUGCAAAUGUGAAGCUAUAACCACCUUUAGUGUGAAUCCAGCUGAAAUUGCCCCAAACUUGUGGUCUUUUUAGUAACUACCUUAAACCUGUGAUUUCAGAAAA